AGAGUAGUUCAUUUUUGUGUGUAUCAUAAAAUUAGGAUAGGUUAUAGUUCUGUUUAGUUUAAUGUUUAUAGUAGUGUAGCUGUAGUUAAGUGAUAAUUUUAGGUUUUAAUGAAUAUUCUGGAGGUUGAUAAACGUUGCCGUAUGAGUAUAAAUCAGUUCUUUAUCAGACUUGAGUGAUUAUUCAUCAUCAUGGCCGCGCCAAGGAAUCAGCGGGUAUGUCCUGUAUGUGCUGUAGAGCAUGAUGAACAUGAUGGUGUGCACAAUAACUCCAAUAGGCACAGGCUCAAUUUUAUGUUAAAGCAAUGGCAUAAUGAUAGGAAGUCAUUGGUAAGAAAUCGUCAUGGUGUAGAAGUCACAAUUGGACUUGGAAGGACCCCCUUAAUAACAAAUGUUAAUAAUGGAAAACAUUAUUAUAAAAUUACAUUGGAAUCAUUGAGGCAGCAAGGAAAUGUACUUGAUUUUACAUGUACGGCGACAAACAAAAGAAGAGACGAUAUAUUUCUUACUAGAGUACUACUAUUAUGCGAAUAUGAAUAUUUUUCUAUUUUUACUACUAACGAGAAUAUUACCCCAGAUACUGUAGUACAGCUAAUGCCAAAUACAAAUCAUCAAGUUAUGGUUAGAUUUUCUCCGGACAAGUCAAUUGUUGGAGGGUACAACAUUCCAGUUUGUUUCAAUUUCCAGACAAACAAUCAACAAACUUUCUCCAUCAUUCGAUCAAUUAAUAUCUCAUUGGAAGAGACCAUUGAAGAAAAUGAGCAAUACAUGGCGAGUCCAUUUACUGGAAAUCCAUGGCGGGACGUACAGCUUAUACUCCCACCUACAGGUAGAAUGAAUUACUCCAACAGAUAUCCAAUUCCAGAGGCUUCAAAACGAUUUUAUUUUUUCGGUUUACAAGAAUUUCCAGAAAUGAGGGGAGAAGAUUUUUACCGUUUAAGAGAAUUACAGAGACAAAUGGAACCAGGAGAAGUCACUAGAGAUAAUUUCAAAAAUUUUUGGCAUAAUGUCCUUUGGAUUGAAGAAAUCGGACAAACACUUGGUAUUCAGCAAUACAAUAUGGAAAAUGUGUCUUUAGACUUAUUGGAUAAUGAGCUAUUACAACUAGAGGUGCCAGGUUUAGCUGAGAAACGUCCUUCGCUAAUUGUUGGAGAUAUGGUACAGAUUCGUGCUCACAUUGACCAUACUGGUUACACGGGAAUCAUAAGAAGAGUUGCUGAUUCGACUGUAGAAAUUGGGAACGUGGAUAGAGAGUUGAUAAUGAUCGUUGAGAGCCAAAGAGACGAGAGGCAUAUUUACGAUGUAAAAUUUGUGUUAAGUAGGUUAUCAUUUGAAAGACAACAUGAAGGUAUUAAUCGAGUUUCGACAAAUGGUUUACUUUCAUGUAUAUUUCCAUCUCAUGAUGCAACGUUAAGAGGUAGACAAACACAAAGAACCAUUAACGAUGGAGAGUUCCUUAAUCAAACGAUUGCUAGAAAUCAAGAGCAGAAGACGGCAGUUAGAAAUAUUUUAAAUGCAACUUCAGUUCCAUACCCUUACAUAGUAUUUGGGCCCCCGGGAACAGGAAAGACUGUAACGAUCGUAGAGGCUAUUUUACAGCUUAAAUUUAAGACCACUCACAAAAUUCUUGUCUGUGCCCCUUCAAAUGCUGCUUGUGAUUUAAUUACCGAAAAGCUGCUGGAACAUUGCACUACGAAUGAGUUAAUUAGAGUUAUGUCAUCUACUGUUGACUUGUCUAAUGUUCAUGAACCGGUAUUACGAUACUCCAACUACGAAGAAUAUGAGGGAUCGUGGCAAUAUAAAAAAAUGGAUUCGGCAUCCUUGAAAACUUAUAGAAUAGUCGUGACUACUUUAAUUCACGUCGGUAUAGUGGGUGGUUACUACAAACCAGACGUGGUAUUCGUUGAUGAAGCUGCACAAGCAUGUGAACCUGAAGUUUGCAUAGCUUUAGGUAUGGUUAGACAUGGACAGCAGAUAGUAUUAGCCGGAGACCCUAAGCAGCUUGGACCAUCAUUAACUUCUGAUGCUGCGAUCCGAUAUGGCUUAGGCAUAUCACUUCUCGAACGAAUCAUGAAAACUGAUUUAUAUAACCAAAAUAAUCAGAAUUGUAUAACAAUGCUUAUACAGAAUUAUAGAAACCACCCGACCAUUUUAAGUUUACCUAACGAGUUAUUCUAUGGUAACCAGUUGGAGGCUAGAUCACAGAGGUCCCAAUUGGACCCAUUAUCAACAACUUGCGUUUUUCAAAAAUUGCAAGAAAUUUUUAGUAUUACUGCUAAGAAGAAAGUUCAACAAAAGUUCAGAGGCCAUCCUGUCGAAUUUUGCAGCUUAUUAUCAAAAGAACAGAGACAAGGGAAAUCUCCAAGUUAUUUCAACGAGAAAGAAUUACAAAUGGUAAUAAAAUACAUUCAAGCUCUGCAAGCUUUAGAAUUUCUAGAUGAGGAAGACAAUGUGAAACCUUCCGAUAUCGGUGUUGUUACGCCGUAUGUCAGACAGGUGCACAAAUUGAAAACCCUCCUUGAACGAAAUCAAAUCGAAGGUGUCGAUGUCGGAACAACUGAAACGUUUCAGGGACGGGAGAAAAGAAUUAUUAUUAUAUCUACUGUAAGAGCCCAAAAAGAUUUGUUGCUGUACGAUAAACUUUAUAAGUUAGGCUUCGUUAAAAACGAAAAGAGAUUCAAUGUUGCACUUACCAGAGCUAUGAGUAAAUUAAUAAUCAUCGGAUGCGCACAAGUUUUGGCUACGGACAGAAAAUGGUUAAAAUACAUGGAUCUAUGUGAUACUCUAUCCACUUUCUGGGGAGUUCCAGUUCCUAGAAAGACUGAUGCUGCUGUUAAUCAAAUCACUCAAAGUAUUGGAGCCGUCCAAAUAGAUACCCAGUAUCAUCAAUAAAUUGUGCAUUUGUAAAAAUUAUAUUUUUUUAGUCUAAGUGAGAAAAACUGUUGUUCAAAUAUUAUUUUUAUCAAUGAACGUUGACUUAACUAUUACUUUCCUAAAAAGAAUUUAUGUAAUAUACUUCUCCAAGAAAUUAACGCACCAUCUUAAAACUAGGGUUAUUUUUGAUCUCUCGAAUUUCCUAAACCCGUUGUCCGAUUUAGGUGAUUUGUUUAAUAUGUAGCCUUAUUCUUUAAUAAUAUCGCUGUAAUAAUAUUGUUGCUAGACAAGUAAAUUGUCAUUGUAUACCGGGUGUAGAAAUCAAACUGUGAUUUUUCUAGCAUUUAUAAAAUACUGAAAUUAAAACCCUACUAUAGCUUCAUGUUUCCUUAACAAUUUGUUUUUUGAUUCAUUCGCUUAUGUUGGUUAAUAAAAAAGUUGGGUACUUUAACAACUGGCCUUAUUUUUCAUCAAUAAGUAUGGCAAACUUUAAGGGGUAGAUGAAAAAAUAAUGACAGUUUGCUUUAUAAACGUAUAUCCGCAAAUGCUUCGUUUCCGAAAUAGGGGGUGUUGAAAUGUUUCUUGCAAACUGAUGAUUAAUUUAUUACUCUAAAACCGGUUGAGAUAUCGAUGGCGUAAAGGCAGGACCUCAUAACUGAAAAAUUUGUAUAAAAUGAGUUACUUUGGUUUUCGCUUUAUAAUAAGUGUAUCGGCACCUAUUAAACAGCGGUUACAGCUCGGAAAGCCUUCUGGAAGCUUUCCGGAAAUUUUUCCAGCUGUAACCGCUGUUUAAUAGGUGCCGAUACGCUUAUUCUAAAGCGAAAACGGAAGUAACUCAUUUUAUACAAAUUUUUCAGUUACGAGUUCCUGCCUUUCCGCCGUCGAUAUGCAAAUUAAAUUUGGCGGGUUUUAAGAGGUAGUUUGCUGAUUUUUUGAUAUACAAUUAGAAAUUUAAUAUUCACGAUUGGCGCACAUGAGUCAUAUUACCAGUAUGCGCGCCAAUCGUGAAUAUUAAAUUUCUAAUUGUAUGUCAAAAAAUGCACAAUAACUACCUCUUAAAACAAUAGAACAAUAAGUUUUAGAACAAUAAAUAAAUCAUCAGUUUGUAAGAAACAUUUCAACGCCCCCUAUCUCGGAAACGAAGCAUUUGCGGAAAUACGUUUAUAAAGCAAACUGUCAUUAUUUUUUCAUGUACCCCUUAAAGUUUGCCAUACUUUUUUAAAAACACCCGGUAUUGAUGAAAAACGUGGCUAGUUGUUAAAGUACCUUGUUUAUUAACCAAAAUAAGCGAAUGAAUAAAAAAACAUAAUGUUAGGAAAACAUGAGGCUAUAGUUGGGUUUUAAUUUGAGUUUUAUAAAUGCUAGAAUAUUCCACAGGGUGACGUUAACUUUUAGAAAAAAAUCACAGUUUGAUUGGUACACCCGGUAUACAAUGACAAUUUACCUGUCUAGCAACAAUAUUAAACAAUCACUUAAAUAUUAAAACUUUAUAUAACAUAUUAAAAAAUCACUUAAAUCGGACAACUGGUUUAGAAAAUUCGAGAGAUUAAAAAGGACAAUUUUGUAAGGUGGUGCGUUAAUUUCUUGGAGAAGUGUAUGUAUUUUAGAAUUAAACUUAGACAAUAGUAAAUGACAAUCAAACAUUUUACGAAAGAUGAAGAAAGAUUCCUGAAAAAUACAUAUAGUUAAAAGAAACAAAUUUUAAUGUGUACGAUUUUUGUUUUGUUGAUAUAUUAAAACUUCAGUAUUAUUGGUAGCUUAAAAAAAUUCUAACAAUAUAUACAUUAUCUUAAAUCCACUUUGACUUACUAAAAAUCCGAGAAAUUCUUUCAUAUUUCUCGAUAUUUCUAUAUUGUUUCUAUAUUAUUUUUAAAAGUGCACAGCGUGACAGAGAUUUGUAAAAUUUUUGUAUAAGUCAAUGUUGUUCUAAAAAGUACUUCUUUUAAAUCAACAUUUGGAUCCACGAAAUAAGUCAUUUUAAGCCGUUUCAGUGAAAUUAAUCACACGGAAAAAAUUUUAUCGGAAAGAAAAAAAUUGAAAAAUCAAUGUUUUUGUCUGUUGUUCGUCAAUAGUUAGGUUCCGAAAAACAAGAAGAAAAUAUAAAGGGUGUCCAGAAACUAUCCUGACAAAGAACGACCGGAGAUUCCUCAGAUAAUUUUAAGACAAUUUACCUUAUUCACCUAGUCCGAAAAUGCUUCCUAAGGUAGCUAGAGCUCUUUAGAGAUGGCGUCUUGUAACUAGUUUUUCGUAAAUACUUUCAGAACUUCUCUAUUUAGAAAAACGAAAACUGGUGCGCAUAUUUAUCUUCCAGAGAUAAAUUGAUUCUAUCAAUUGCAAAUUUCUAGUACCGCUCAUAGGCGUCCAUUUUGGGUAGAGCGACUGUUAUUUUAUCGCAUAACUUUUUUGUCUUUAAUUUUUAAGCAUUUUCGACACUAGAUUAUUAAAUUAUGAGGUACACCAGUACUAAAAGUUACUACUUAGGCCCGCUUGCUCAUUCGGAGUUCAACUCUAGUUCAGCGCCAUUACCGCGUUCAAGGCAUGAAGUGCGUACCACCGUACAAUGCACUUCAUGCCUUGAACUCGGUUAUCGCGAUGAACUAGAGUUGAACUCCGAAUGAGCAAGUGGACCUUAGUCGGUAAAAUAAACCAUUUUUUCUGUAUUUUUUUUUUUAUUAAAAAAAUAAAAAAAUUUCAAAUCGAUUUUUUUAGAAAGCGGUGCAUCGUAUUAACUUCAAGCAAGAGUACCUUUUGGUAUUAGAAUAUCUCACAAUUUAUUAAUCCAAUGUUAAAAAAGGUUAAAAGUUAAAGAUUUAAAAGUAUGGGAAAAAAUAUCCGUUGUCCUACACAAAACAGACGCCUAUGACCAAUAUAAGAAAUUCGUACCAUGUUAACCAGGGAAAUGUGUACCAGUUUUCGGUUUUCUAAAUAGAAGAGUUCUGGAGGUAUUUAAAAAAACUAAUUACAAGGCGCCAUCUUCAAGGAGCUCUAGCUCUCUUCGGAAGGAUUUUCGAACUGGGAGAAUUGGGUUUAAAUGAUCUUCGUUCGUCAGGAGAGUUUCUUGGCACCCUGUAUUUACUUCUAAACUGUACAAUCUAGUAUGUUUUUAGGGUUUUCGUUGUAAAUUGUCGGCAUAAUUCUUCAGAUUAUUUAUAAAUGUGUUCCUAUUAACUAUUAUUUAUAAAUGUGUUCCUAAAUAUGAUAACAAUAAUAUACACUGCGAUACAAAAAAAUCGAUCCACUAAAAAUUUGGUCAUUUGUGAAGUUCUAAAUUCCUAAACCUGUUGUUCGAUUUAAGCGAUUUUUUUACCACGUUAUAGCCUUAUUCAUUGACAAUAUCACUGUAAUAAUAUUGUUGCUAGACAGUCAAACUGUCAUUGUAUACUGAGUGUACGAAUCAAACUGUGUUUUUUUCUCAAAGUUCGCAUCCCUUGUGGACUAUUCUAGCACUUACAAAAUACUGAAAUUAAAACCUAACUAUAGCCUCAGGUUUUCUUAACAUUUUGUCGUUCGAUUCAUUCGCUUAUGUUGAAUAAUAAAAAAGUUAGGUACUUUAACAACUGGCCAUGUUCGUCAUCAGUACAGGGUUUUUUUGGAAUAAGUGCGGCAAACUUUAAGGGGUAAUUUUACACAUGAAAAUAAUGACAGUUUGCUUAAUAAUCAUAUGUCCGCAAACGCUUCGUUUCCGAGAUACGGGAUAUUCAAUAUUUUUUUACAAACUGACAAUUUAUUUAUUGCUUUAAAACCAGUUGAGAUAUGCAAAUCAAAUUUAUUGGGUUUUAAGACGUAGUUAUUGCACAUUUUUUGACAUACAAUUAAGAAUUUUAUAUUCACCAUUGGCGUGCGUACGGGUAAUAUUACAAUACCCGUUUGCGCGCCAAUGGUGAAUAUAAAAUUCUUAAUUGUAUGUCAAAAAAUGUGCAAUAACUACGUCUUAAAACCCACCAAAUUUGAUUUGCAUAAUCUCAAAUAAUAUCUCAAGCAAUAAAUAAAUCGUCAGUUUGUAAAAAAAUAUUGAACAUCCCGUAUCUCGGAAUCGAAGUGUUUGCGGACAUUAUGAUUAUACAGCAAAUUGUGAUUAUUUUCUCAUGUAAAAUUACCCCCUAAAGUUUGUCACACUUAUUUAAAAACACCCUGUACUGAUGACGAACAUGGCCAGUUGUUAAAGUACCUAACUUUUUCAUUAUCCAAUAUAAGCGAAUUAAUCGAAAGACAAAAUGUUAAGAAAACCUGGGGCUAUAGAUAGGUUUUAAUUUCAGUAUUUUAUAAAUGCUAGAAUAGUCCACAGGGUGAUGCGAACUUUGAGAAAAAGGCACAGUUUAAUUCGUACACCCGGUAUAGUUUGACUGUCUAGCAACAAUAUUAUUACAGCGAUAUUGUCAAUGAAUAAGGCUAUAAUGUGGUAAAAAAAUCAAUUAAAUCCAACAACAGGUUUAGGAAAUUCGAAACUUCAAAAAUCACCAAAUUUUUAGUGGAUCUAUUUUUUUGCACCGCAGUAUAGUAUUAUGCCAGCGAACUGCCAGUCACCGCUUCAUCGUUUCAAUUUUUAUGUAGGAUUUUCUAAAGGUUUUUGUUAUGACUAAACCUGACUGAAAUUAUGGAUAGGUUUUUUAAAUACUUAAUUAAUUUUAUUUAUUUAUAUCACACAAUAAAUGAAGAAUCAUCUCAGUGUAGUCACUACAAAAUAACGAAGUAUAAUAUAGAAUUACCAAAUUACUUCUGGAUUUCAGUGUGAAACACACAAUUAUUUAAACGAACUUACUAAAUGAAUUCAUCAAACUAUUAACAAUUAGGGUUAGAUCAAUGUCUUCUUCUUUUUCUUGUAGGAAAUGGUCCUACAAGAAGAAGUUUAUUCUACCAUGUCGGUUCUUGGGAUGGUAGUGUCCAGCUGUCAUAUCUUCAUGACUUGUUCUAUGUGUCCUUAGUCAUUAGUUUACGUUAAAUUAAAUUAAAAAAUAACUUGGCGACUUUCCUUGCCGCUGUUCUUUUGAUAGCAAGCUAAAAAACUCGACCGGAUGGCCUUUUAACUUGUGUUGAACUUUUUUCUUAGCGGUAAUACUAAAAAUUUCUUGUAAUUUUUGAAAAACACAAGUCGUUGAUAAUAGAUCCAAUUGGGAUCUCUGUGAUCUUGCCUGCAACUGGUUUCCAUAGAAUAGAUCAUUAGGCAAACUUAAGAUAGUCGGGUGGUUUCUGUAAUUUUGGAUAAACAUAGUUAUGCAAUUCUGAUUAAUUUGCAUAUAUAGAUCCGUUUUCAUCAUUCUUUUUAAAAGCGAUAUACCUAAAAAAAUAUGAAAUGCCAAACUAUCCAUUAUUAAAUAUUACUGCUAUGUUUCGACGAGUUUUAUUUGUUUUUUUUUUAUUAAUAGUUUAAAAUUAAUUAUUUCCAAUAUAAAGUAGUAUUUAAUGAAUAAAAUUAAUUAUAAUAAUUUUUUUCACAAAACAGUCAGGUUUGUGAUCGUUAAAGUGAUAUUUUAAAAGUAAUUAACGUGAAUGAAAUAUAAAAACAACAAAUACCAUUUUGUAUUAGACUGCCUUCAGGCUUGUUCAUAGAUCAAGCAAGCAAGCAUAGUGAUUUAACCCAGCCUGAGAGACUUGCUCACCCCUAGAGAAUGACAUUCGGGUGAUACAAUUCAUUGGGGCGAGUAGGAUUAACUCCCGUAAACAGGAAUCACUCCACCCCGCUUCAAUGCUCCAGACCAUCCACUUACCCCCCGAUAGCACUCUGAUGCGCUAUAGGGGCUCUCAAUCAGCAAAGUGCUUAUCAUAUGGGAGUCUUGGGUACACGGACUCCCAUAUGAAAUCCUACCCCGAUCAAUGCAGGCCAGCGUGAGGCGCUCUAUUCCCGCUAUCUCUAGUGACUUAUCUUCGAUCUGUUUUGCUUGCUCGAGCGCCGAGUCCCCGCUCUGGGCUAUGUCCACUUCGGUGACUCGGCGCUCGAGGAUGUGGGCCCCUCGUGCCCGUUUGUUGGGUUUUGUUCCUAAUAUUUUUUUUGUGGCUUUCGCCUAUUGUUAAUAUUUUAUUGAUUUGUUUAGUGGCUGAAGCCGUUUUUAAGUUUUUUGUAUAUUUUUUUUGAGGGAUGUCUGAAACGUAUAAAAAUCAACAUUAAUAAAUAUAAUGAGAUGCCAAAGGUGAGCAAGUUGUCUUCUUUUGAUAGAGCUACAAUUAUCUAGCCUUUAUUAUAUAUUUACUAAUAUUUGCUGUUUGGGUCUCCUGUGUUUCCAUCUAUGGUACACAUCAUACCUUAAUAUCUCUUGCAGGAUCCGGUUUGGGUGGUCUUCUAACUCGGCAAAUUUUGUUCUGGCUUUUUCCUCCAUAAUAUCCAGUACUCUUAUUUGUUUUAGGUCUCUAAAUAAGAACCGUUCGGCGACGUAUCUGGGCACGUUUGCAACUUCUCUGAGGCAGUUGUUGUGUGCCGCUUGUAUCUUCUUUUUGUUACUUUGACUUGUGUGACCCCAUGCAAGAGAUGCGUAUGUAAUUAUUGGCAGUAUAAUGCUGUUUAUCAGUUUUAAUUUUGUUUUCAUAGCUAAUUUGCUUCUUCUUCCUGUGAGUCCUCUUAUUGCCGCUCUGGCCGCUGCUGUUUUCUGGACUGUUGCGUUGACAUGUGAUGUGAAUGUUAGACCUUGGUCCAUUGUGACACCUAAAUAUUUAACUUCGUUUUGCCAUUCGAUAGGUCUGUCUUGCAAUGUUAGCUGUUCUUCUGGGUUAUCUCUUCUGUUUUUGAAGAUAACCGCUUGGAUCUUAUCUGGAUUUAUUGCUAUUUUCCAUUGGAUACUCCAUUCUGCUAUUGUAUCCAAUGCCGUCUGUAGAUUUCUUACAGUUAUAUCUAGGUUCACGUGUUUUGCAGCAAUUGCAGUGUCGUCUGCAUAAAGGCUGAUCAAUGUUCCGGGUGUUCUUGGAACAUCUGCUGUAUAUAUGCUAUACAGAAGGGGUGAUAAAACUGCCCCCUGUGGUACUCCAGCUUCCGGCAUUCCGUGUUCUGAUAGAACUGGUCCUAUCCGGACCCCGAACUUCCGGUCGCUUAGGUACGAGGAGAUGAGUUUCGUCAUGGCCCCGCUGUAUCCAUAAUCUCUCAUUUUGUAUAUCAGUCCUUCAUGCCACACUCUGUCCAUAUCUGUUCAUAGAUCAGAAUUACAUCCAUUAUUAUCUACUAUUUGCUUUUUCCAAAAAUUACAAUAAAUUUAUAUAGACCACUCAUCAACGGUAAAAAACUGUAAAACCGUGGAAUUUUGAGAAUCAACACUGAUUUUAAUGAAAAUUUGGGUUUAAGCUCGGUUGACCCUUUCUUCAAAAUCUACCAGGACACGCGCCAACUCGUAACUUUUAAUGACAAAAAUUUUCAAAUCAAAAUGUGCACCGGCCAAUUCGUAACUUUUCUAUUACCUGACCUGCCAACUCGAAACUUUUUUCAGGUGAAUUCGAAACCAUUGAUUAAAUCUAGUACCUAUAAAAAAUACCAAAAAUUGAAAUAUCUUAAUAAAAUAAUUGAAACAAUAUUAUAGUAUUAUAGUCUGUUCGCUAAACUCAGACGCAACUUUCUAGAUAUUUUAGUCGGUAAUUUUGCCAAUUUUAGUAAAAUUUGCAAAAAAUAAUUACUAAAUAGUUAAUAAUCACUAAAUAGUUAGUAAUUUUGCCAGUUUUUGCAAAAUAGUCAAAAAACAAAAAAACUAUCGACUAAAAUAUCUAGCCAGUUGCGUCUGAGUUUAGCGAACCGACUAUAACACGUGUUAUAAAUAGGUUUGUUCUAGCAUGUAGUUUUGUAUGGUUUGACACUAAAUUAUUGUACUGCUUUAUUGCGCAUGUUCCAUCCACAAACUGUUAACAAACUGUUUUUUGCUAGAACGCUUUUUUAUCGGAGUAAAAUACCAACGUCAAAUUGUUGGUUUUUAUUUACAAUUUUGAGGUUAGAUUAGAAAUUCAUUUUUUUUUAUAAGUAUCCAAAUUUUCAAGAUUUAUGCUGAAUAUUAAAAAUUAUUAUUAUAAACGUAAAUAAUGUUAAGUAACAUAGUCAAAACCUAUUACUUUCAUUUACAAUUUGUAAACGUCAAACAAAUAAUUCCACUGCGCAACGCACAAACUUAAAAUCCGGACAAAAUCCGCAAACUCUUUUGACCGUUUGACGCCAAUUUCCAAAUCAAAAUUUACUGUCGUUAGAACGCCCGACCAGUAGUUUCAAACUAGUAAUCUGUUUGCUUGAACGCCAUCAAACAAAUGCGCAUGUUCCUGAUGGUUUCAAACCGUUUGAAACUGACGCUAGAACAAACCUAUUAUUAUUUCCAUCAAGUAUAGCUUUUUGCCUUAAUAGCCAAACACGAGUUUGGUUUUUAUCAAGUAAUUGUAAAUUUCUGUAAUAUCUAGAUGUUUAGCAGUGAUAAAUUAUUUAAAUCCAUCUGAUAAUUUAAAAGCAAAGAGAUUUUCCAUAUGUUUAUUUCAAGUCUAAAAGAUUACAUAUACCUUUAUUUAGUUACGAAUUCACCGGUAGUUGAUCGGUUACCGAAAAAUUACCUGAGGGUCAGAGUUACCAAUUGGCCUGUAAUUAGGAUGGGGGAUUAAAAUAGUUACGAAUUCACCGGGACCCAUCUACCAUAUGAAGAAACGGGCUUUUGCCCUGGGAGUGAAAACAACCCCAUUUAGGGGAUGAAAAUUUUUCAAUCAAUAUAACUAUGGAAAUCGAUAGAGUGACCAAUUUUGUUCUAUAAUUUUUUUUUUGCAAAAUUGAUACUCUCUAAGUUAUUAUCGAAUGAAAGUAUGCAUUUGUCAUUGAGAAAACUCCUUUUUAUAACCGUUUUUCAUGAAUAACUUUUAUAGAAAAAUAAAUAAAUUUUAAUUUUAUAGAAAAAAUCAUUAAAAACAAAAUUGUGACUAAUAAAAAAACAAAGAGAUUUGCAAUGGAGUAAUAUAUAUGUAAACCUAAUAACGACUGAGUUAUUGCUCUUUAUAUUUGAAUAUCUGAAAUUUUUUUUCAUAUCACACUUCAAUAAAUCUAAAUACUUUUAGAUUUAUUUAAGGAAAAUGCACUUUUUUUAAUUAUAAAAAUGUCAUUUUUGCUUUAAUCAACUACUUUUUCUAAAUUAAGCAUUUCAAACCGGUCAAAUUGCAUGGAUCGUAUCAAAUAUACCUAAAUAACUUCAAGUGGGAAGUUAUUUAUUUCUAUUAGGAUUGCAAUGGCUAUGGUUUAAUUUUUACAUUUCAAAAAAAAGCAGAGAGCGACUUUAUUUUCGUCAUAAGUCAGUCAGUUCGUAUGCAAAAAACUUUUAUCGGACCUUAUUUGAAAGGUUUAUCGCUUUAAAAGAUGUCUUGCAAGUUUUUCCAAAAAAUUGCACCACAUUUGAGUUAUUUGAGAUUGACGGUUCUCCAUUCCAAUGUUCUCCAAAAAUAACCAUCCCAGAGGUCUUUCCGACGGGAAUCUCUUUGUUUUUUUUUAUUAGCUACAAUUUUAUCUUACUGAUUUUUUCUAUAAAAUUACAUUUUUUUUAAAGUUAUUCAUGAAAAACAGUUAAAAAACGUAAGUUUUUUCAAUAAAAAAUGCAUAGUUUUAAUCGCUAAUAACUUGGAAAGUAUCAACUUUGCAAAAAAAAAUUGAUAGAAUAAAAUUUACUCAGAAUUGGUCAGCCUAUCGACUUCCAUAGUUAUUUUGAUUGAACAAAUUUUCAUCCCCUAGAUGGGGUUGUUUUCACCCCCAGGGCAAAAGCCCGGUUCGGCGUAGAUCUUGACAAAGGGUGCAAUUACUACCUAAAUCCAAAUGUUCAAGGAAAUCAACCUUGAUUCUCAAAAUUCCCGAGAAAAUGGCUGUUGAUUGGACUAAUAGAAUUAGUAUUAUAUUAUUUUUGCUGUGCGUUCAUUCAUAAAUUAUGUGUUUGGAAAACUUAUUUCAAUAAUAAAUAAAUGUUACUUAUUUUAAAAUUUUUAUAAAAUUGCAUUCUUCUUACAUUCAGUGUUUUCUGUUAAGGCUGGUGAUCAACAUGGCUAUUUGCAAUUUCGAAAUUGAUACACGGAUUAACCAUUCAGGAAGGUUUCGCAGCCAAGAAAUUCUUCUGCAUCACACGCUUCUUCGUCCUCUAGAGACGUGGCCAAGAAACUCAAAUUUUCUCUUCUUUAUAAUAAAUCCAAUUUCAGGUGCAAUGUUCAUUGUUUCUAUGGUAUGUUUUUAAACCAAGAGAAGUAAUUCAAAUUUACCGCCCGUAAUGCUUGUUUGUAAUUGACCCAACCUGAGUCAAGCUUACUCCACUGUUAUGAAAUUUUGACACUAAUGGAAUUUAUGAAAUUUUGAUACUACUGGCAUUUCAUAGGUUAAUUAAGUUAUAUCAGCGAUUUGUUGUUUUCUGCGUUAUUCCUUUAAUUUUUAGAUUUUUAGUCUACUUUCAUACUGGUAGCACGAGAUAAAAAAAGACUAGAAGAGGCACUUUUAACCCUUGCAAGAGAAGCAAAGACGAGAGGAUUAAUAUAAUCAAUCAGAAUAAAACAAAAUACCUUAUAAGCACAAGAGACAAUGUAAACAGAAUAACAGAAAUAAAGAUAGGUGAACAUACAUUCCAGAGAGUAGAUUACUUCAAAUACCUGGGGGUGAUGGUGGACGGCAAAAACGGAAGGAGUAUAGAGAUAAACGAAAGAAUUAAAGCAGGUAAUAGAGUAUAUUGGCAAUAUCACCGACUACUCAAGGACAAAAACCUGAGCAAAAAAACAAAAUCAAAAAUAUAUACAGCAGCAAUUAGACCAGUGAUAACCUAUGGAGCAGAAGUAAUGUGCCUUACGAAAAAAGACGAAGAAAAGUUAAGAAUAUUUGAGAGAAAAAUUUUGAGAAGAAUACAUGGCCCAGUGAAGACAGAAACAGGGGAAUAUAGAAAGCUGAUGAAACAUGAAAUAAUAAGUAUAACUGAAGGAGAAGAUAUAGUAAAAUUCAUUGAAGCACAAAGACUCAGAUGGUUUGGGCACACACAAAGAAGAGGGGUAGAAGAACUGAUCAGGAAGAUAAUGAACUGGAGACCAGUAACAAACAGACCAAGAGGAAGACCAAAAAUAAGAUGGGAAGGUCAACUGCUAGACGAUAUAUCAAAGAUGGAAAUUGCAAACUGGAGAGAAAAGAUUCAGGACCGGAGUGAGUGGAAGAAGAUAGUAGAGCAGACAAAAAAACAUCACAACCUAUGAACGAUGACCUAUAGGAAACUGCGGACUAAUCCAUCGCGUGAAAUGGAUUAAAAGAGCUCAUAGUAUUUGAGCGACCUAUACUCUAACAAGAGUGAACGUACUACCAAAUAUAUAGUCUACUUUCAUAUAAAAACGGUUGUUUUUAGAACUCUUUAGCCACGUAUUAGUACAUAAAAUAUAAUAUGUAUGGAUUACCGUCGAAUGCCGAUAUGAUCAAUGAAAAAAGAUAUAUUCGGUGAUUUUUCUAGUGACUUCUUGGGUGUGAAUCUGUCUUCUUAGUUUACUCCUGAUUUAAAAACAAACCCAGCACUGCCUUAUUUGUGACUAUCCGUCCAAAAAUCGCUGAGUCAAAAAUCUUUUUAAGGAGUUCCUUAUUUAGUGUGCAGAUUUCCACAUCGUAUAGUAUUAUGUAAAACACAAUACCUAGCCACUCUAAUUCUUCCAAUCAUAGAAAUUCCGGUCCUCUGACUUCGAGUGUUAUUCUUGUACAUUUGGCCCCUGUAUAAUCGUGAUAUUGGAACAUUUUGAUAAUCAAUGUUUGGUUUUUGUAAGAUUUCCAGUAGCUUUUCGUGCUUAACAUUUUCAGAGACCUUAGUAUAGUCAAAUGUUUAUUUACAAUUUUUAUUUACAAAUUCAAUCAAAAUUAAUAAAUAUUCACUUCCGUUAGUCAUCAGUGUUCAUCAUUUUUCAAUUAAAGAAGUCUGCAGCAGUAAGUUUAUUUUAUAAUUAAUAAGGUGUGGUACGAAUUUUGGUGUUACGUUUCCGACAAAGACUCUUGUCAGAAUAUUGACAAGUUGUAUGAACAGAACUACUUUUUGGAACAAAAAUGACUUGUUAAUUUCUAUAAUUUUGUAUUUGAUCACGUGUGAUAAAAAUUAGUGGGAAAAAUUGUAUCUAUCAGGAUUGACAAUCAAACAUGACAAUAAUGAAGUAUUUUUAAGUUUAUGUGAUCGUUGUGUGGUAAAAGAUGAUUCUCAUAUUGGUAACAUUUAGUUUAUGCAUUAUUGUAAUAAUUAUUGUAAUAUUGGGAAAAGUUUGAACUAAAAAUAUAUAAAAUAUUUUCAUAGUCUUAGGAUAUACUGUUUGUUGUGCUUCUUAGUUGCUGUCAGUCACGGUACACAUUGUAAUAUAUUAUUAAUAAAUACAAAUUAAAGAGAAGAUCCCAGUGAUUGGCUGUAUACCAUAGUUAAGAACUUCGGUUUUUAAAAUGCUAUAUAACUUUUAUUAAAAAGCUUUAAAAAAACUCAUCCAAAUAGAUUAUAAAAACAGCAGAACGUUUUUGAUCUAGUCAAAUCAUCUUCAGUGACCUAGAAUGAAGUAUCUGCACGUUAAAUGAAUGCAAAAGGGUUAAAUUGAGACUGUCAAUAAAAAAGAACAAAUUAUUUGCCACAUUUGUUCCUUUUGCAUUCAUUUAACGUGAAAAUACUUCAUUCUAGGUCACUGAAGAUCAUCUGACUAGAUCUAAAACGUUCUAAUGUUUUUAUAAUCCAUUUUGGAUGACUUUUUUUUAAGUUUUUUAAUAAAAAUUAUAUACCAUUUUACAAACCGAAGUUUUUUACUUCUAUGUAAGUUUAUUAAUAAAUGUAUAAUACAGUGUGUUCAAAAAGUCGUUCCAUAGUGAUAUAUACAAUGAAACUCCUUGGUCUAAUCAUGUUUCCCAUCACACUAACAUUUUCUUUCUGAAAGAAGUAGUGAACCUGGAUAUUGCAUAUUCAAGUUAUCGAUGGAUUUUUGAUGGUUUGAUAUAUGGUUGCUUUCACUGUCAAGUCACAGAAGAAAAGGUCAAGUGGUGAUAGUUCAGGCGAUCACGGAUGUCAAGAGUCACUAUUAAAUUAUGUGAGUGCUAAAAGCGUCUGGAGCAUUUCUGUUGCUGGUCUAAUAUUCUGGAAUUUUCCAGUUGGAAAAGAAUUUAUUACAUUCUUCUUUGCGCCGUCACCUUUCGGAGGUUGGCGAUCUAAAUGGCAAUUGUGGCUUUGGAAACUGCUACAAGAAAGAUUUUUGCAGGUGAACGAGCGACUUUUUGAACGCAAAACACCGUAAAUAUAAAACAUUAUCAUCGUACAAUUGAAUGCAGAAUCUUCGGAUUCUGCAGAAGUCCGGAAGCAUCAUCUGUUUAUUCUGUGUGAUAAUACAAAGUAGGAAAGAAUGGUACAAUGACAUAAAUAUAUCUUUAGAUUAGACUAACACCUUUUCUACUAGUGAUUAUUGGUGCCUCAAUUAUAACCUAAAUUGUAAAUGUAACUUGUAUAGAAAUUGAAUAUAAGACUGUUUUUACUCUUCGUAUCCAUCAGUUUUAGAAUCUAUUCCCUAUUAAACCAGGUGAUUUACACUCAGGUAAUGGGCAAAACUAAAAUUUUGCAGACUUUUCGACUUUCAGAUAUGGACAAAACACAUGUUGUCAAAAACAAAUUGUUAACAUAAGUUAUAGUAAGGUCAUGUUAUCCAUCCUGCAAUAAGGUUAUCCGUCAAGGAGAAUAAAAAAGUAAGAUACCAAUCCACUGUUUUAAAUUUAUCAAACUCUCUAUUCUUCGUUUAUAUUAGCUACUAUGAUGAGACGCUUGCCUGUAAAAUGUUUUCGUUUUUCUGUGGGGGUCCAUUUUAACACUUCUUCUUUCUUCCGUUCAUCUUACGUGCCCGUACCAUACUAGCUGUUGUCUUUCGGUGGCAUCUAUGACUGUUCUUUCUAUUCCCAUUUGUUGUCUAAUGCCGUCGUUUCUUAUGUGUUCUAGUCUAGAUCUUCUUGAUUACUUCCGCCAAAAAUGACUGUUAGUGGCUAGUAAAAUUAUUUAGUGUUGUACUUCUUGGUUAAUUGCCAGGCUUCAGUUCUGUAGGUUAAAACUGAUUUUAAUAUUGUGUUGUAAAUUCGUUUCUUAUUUCUGUUCUUUUAUUGUUUUGUCACGUUACUGAAUUCAGGGCUCCUAUCACCUAUCUUCCUGUUAGUAUAAUUUCUUCAAUAUUUUCUUCUUCCUGUACUCAUUAGUUUUAUUCCCAGAUAUUAGAUAUACAUAUAUUCAUUGCAGCUUAUAAUUGUCUCCUGUUCCAGCUUCAGGUUCUCCAUUCCUUCUCUUCCUACGCAUCGAGAUUGUUUUUUUGUUGUUUACAUGAUUUUACAUGCAUUUUUUAUGAUAAGGCAUAAUAAUUUUUCAAGCUUUAUUUAUAACUUUUUACAAGACAUUAUACAAUGUCCAUUGUGGAAGUCGAAACAAUAUUAACAAUUUUAUGUUACACAGAAGAUUUUAAAACUGAAAUACCAAAGUUUUUAAGGCGGUGAUAUACAUUAUUCGUAAAUAUUAUUAAUGUAGGAAUUGUUCUAAAGCUAAUUUCUUGUGGUAUCUUAAUGCAAUUUACUAUUUUUAUUGUGAAUAAGCCAUACGUCUACUUUAAAAUAAGUUUAUAUUGUCGUUUUUAUUUCUACUUCGGAAAUUUUGAGAAAGAUUUCCGAAGUGGAAAUUGAAACGUCAAAAUAAACUUAUUUUAAAGUAAAAUUGUGGCUUAUUCCCAAUAAAAAUAGUAGAUUGAUUAUGCGAAUUCUUAACUUAAGAUCUACAGAAACACUUAUGUAAAUAGAGGUGUUAUGUUACCUUAUGAUUUAUUUAAAACUCUUUGUGUUCUUGGUCUGUUAAGAGUAAAACAAUUUUUUUAAGUAAAAGUUGGUUUGAAGAGAUUAGACUCACGUAAAUCAAUGGCUGAAUUGUUGUUUAGAGUUUUGAAAUUACCCAUUCCCUCCUCAUUUGCCAGCAUAUUAAGACUAAUACUUCCCUAAGAUAUUUAUAAUUUUCGUGUUUUGACUUCUACCCUCUUCCAUUGAAUUGGGGCAAUUUUGGCAAUGUUUUUCCUCCAUCUUGCUCUUGGUUCCAUCCGGUUUUUUUACACAAAUUUACGUAUUCUGUGACGAUCUCUAUAUUUUCUUGCAAAAAAUUGCAAGCAAUUCUACUUGUUCAUUGACGGAUAGCCAAUAGAUAUAUAUCUCUAUAGAUAUCUCAAGUAUUCAACUGGUGAAUGCAGAGGUUUAAUCGGUCAUGAAAGUUGGCACAAAAAAAACUAGAAGUCAUCUACUUCAUUGAUUUUUUGCAUUACAAUAAAAAAGUUGACAAUGUUUAUAUAAGUAACUAUCAGCCAAACCCCCCCCCCCCCCCAAUCCCACUUCAACCUACACGAACAAAAUAAAUAAACACAUCACUGAACUAAAAAACAAUAAAAUCAUUGAUGAGAAACUAGCCAAAACCCUCCAUAAUUAUAAUGGCGCUGCCCCCAGAUUCUAUUGUCUUCCUAAAAUCCACAAGCCCCAACUAAGUAUGCGUCCUAUAUUAUCUUCAAUAAAUGCUCCUAAUACCAAUCUAGCCCAAUUCUUAACGGACAUUCUCUCAAAAGCAUACAAUUACAAGAAUGACAUCAACAUAACUGACUCUUUCCAGUUCAGUGAUUUUAUCAAUAAUUAUCAGUUACCAGGAGAAUAUGUACUAGUAAGUUUUGACGUGGUAUCUUUGUUUUCUAAUCUUCCAUUCUCCAGCGUUGUCAGUUCACUCCGGAACCAUUGGAACGAAAUCCAACCCCACAGUCCAGUAUCUUGGGAAAUUUUCGCUGAAUUAUUAAAACUGACAUUUGACACCAACUAUUUAAUAUUCGAUGACAAAUUCUAUCGUCAAAUUUUUGGAACUCCCAUGGGAUCCUCGAUCUCCCCCAUUUUAGUCAAUUUCGUACUCGACGACCUUAUCAAGGAGAGUAUCACUAAGUUAGAUUUCCAAGUUCCCUUUGUGAAGCGUUAUGUCGACGACUUAAUCCUUGCUACACCACCUGAUAAGAUUUUGAGCACCUUAUCAGUUUUCAAUAGCUGCGAUACACACCUUCAAUUUACAUGUGAAUUGGAGGUGGAUAAUAGCAUACCUUUUUUAGAUAUGCGAAUCAUACGCACACAGGACAACACUUUGGGUACUACAUGGUACAGGAAAGAAAUGGCAAGCAACCGUUUCUUAAAUUACCAUUCUGCACACCCAACGAGAUACAAACAUAACCUUGUACAAGCUCUAAGUCUUAGAGUACAUACGCUGACACAUACGCUGUAUAAAGCUGAAUCUCUGGAUCUACUCAAGUCCAUUCUUAUUAAUAAUUCCUAUCCCAUAUCCAUCAUUAACAAAUACCUUUUUUCUAAAAGCUACGGCCAUUCCAUUUCUGAAGCACCUAACGGUGAAAUAUUAGCCUCCAUUUCUAACAGCAUUCAGAUGAACAGCUCCCCGAUAACCCCAGAAAGAGCCACAAAAUAUGCUUCUCUCCCCUAUUUUCCACAAAUUACGAACAAACUUACCAAACUAUUCAAAAACUUACCUGUCAAAAUAGCUCUAAAAAACACCAAAACCGUCGGAAAGUUAUUCUCUAAGUCCAAAUCUCCACUGACCCCGUUAGAACACACCAAUGUGGUCUAUCACAUACCUUGUGCAGAGUGUAACUCCUGCUAUAUAGGUCAGACCAGCCGUUCGCUUCUUGGUCGGUUAACUUCGCAUAAAAGCGAUAUUAGACUUUCUAAGCCUUCCUGUGCCCUAGCACAACACGCCAUUUCCACAAAACAUCAGAUAGACUUCACAAAAGUCAAAAUACUUGCCAAACAACAAAAUUAUCAUAAACGCUCAUUCCUUGAAAUGUGUCAGAUCCUCAGACACCCCUCUGCUCUCAAUAAACGAACUGACAUCGACAAUUUGAGCCAGGUAUACCACUCUCUCAUCAUACAUAAUAAAUAACAUCACAUAAUAUAAGUGUGAAUGUAGUAUGUAUAUGUAUGUGGGUAUAUGUGUGUAUAUGUGUAUACAUGGGUAUAUGUGUAUAUAUGUGUAUAUUUGUAUAUCAAUUGCCACCGCUCCAACCAUAGAAUUUUUCUCCUAAUCCUUGUUCGCGCAUUGAUCUUCUAACUCCUCAUCGAGAUUUCUUUGUUCCUCUUCGUUCCCUGUGGUGUAGAGGUAUCCAUUUUGCUACUUUUGUUGGUAGUCGUUCUUCUGGCAUUCCUUGAACAUGCCCAUACCAUGUAAGAUGGUUUCUCUCUAUGCAGCCAGUCACAGUUCCUUAGACCCAUUUCUUCCUCAUUGUGUGGUUUGAACCCUAUCAUGUUUCUUUUCUAGUCGAUCUUCUUAACGCAUCCAUUUCUGUGGCUUCCAUUAUCCGUAUUGAUAUCCUUUAAGACGCCACAUUUCAGAUCCGUACAUCAGUGUGUUUUACCAUUGUCAUUAUUCCCAAUGUUGUCCUAUUUCAGUACUCCAUAAUUCCAUUUAGAGGUUUAUCAUGUAAUAUCCAUCAUUAACAUUGCGUUAGAUUACCAUAUAUAUUAAUAUCAUUAAUAUAUUCAACCCAUAUUCCCAUUUAAAGAAAUCAAAUAUUUCCGUCAUAUAGAUCUUCCGACCGACUAACUAUUCAACGACCCCUGUAAAAGUUUAAAAUCGCAUUUCCACAAAUCGACCACCCAGCGGAUGCAAAUCACAUGUGUUCUGAGGGGGUGUGGAAAAAAAACAGGCAUCAAGUUCAGUAACUGUUCUCACUUUGGUAAAUAAACAUCUCAAUGAAGCCAGCCGUCAAAUUUAAAUGGCUGGAUUAUCGAGUUUAUUAUGAACAUUAUUAGUGCACGGUUCUCAUUAAUGUUUGAGUUUAUUUCUAUGUUGAGUAAAUCUACAAUUUAUAUUAUAACAUCAAAUAAUAAACUACAUAUUGUUCUUGUAAGUAUAUUAUAACAGGUUAGAUGUACUUAUAUAAACAUUGUCAACUUUUUUAUUGUAGUGAACUGAUGAUGCUUUAAAACAAUAAAGCGAAACGUAUUCAAAAAAUCAAUGAAGUAGCUGACUUCUAGUUUUUUUUGUGCCAACUUUCAUGACCGAUUAAACCUCUGCAUUCACCAGUUGAAUACUUGAAAUUUAAAUUGACGGUCGUAUGCUUUACAAUCUCUAUAGAUAUCUAGAUAAUAUCUUUAUGGAAGGUUGCCCCUCCAUCUUUUGCGCGAUACUUCUUCUAUCGAUUGGUGAUUUAAUCUCUUGCUAUUUUAACCACAUGUUCUCCCCUUAUGUGAUUAUUCCAUUCUUUUUUCUGUUUAGUCUUCAUUCGUUUAUACACUGUACGUUACAUUGGCUUCUAAUGUCUUCAUUCCUUUUUAAGAUCUCUCAGCGUAUUUCCUGUAAUUCUUCUCAAUACUCUCAUCUCUGUCGAUUCUAAUAGUCUUUGUGUUGUGGCUGUAUCGGGUCUUGUUUCUGAUGCAUAUGUCAUUGUUAGUAGCCCGAUCAAAGAACAAUCUGACCCCAAAAAAAUAAAAAAAAGUUUACAAUUCUACAUCCCCCCAUUUUACAAAAAUCUUUACAAAAUUUUACAAAAAUGGAGGGGAGUACCCCCUCUCGAAGAUGAAAAAAAUACAUUCAAAAUAAGACCGGAAUUGGAUAAAAUGACUAAUUCUAAACAACUUAUCUUCUAUAGAAUUUUUUCACUAUGUCAAUACUUUGCGAGUUAUUUAUAUAACCUGAAAUGUAUUUAAAUAACUCGAAAAGUAUAUGUUGAACAAAAUAUAUGUUUAACAAAACAAAACUUGUUUUUGGACGGUUUUUCGGAGAUAACUCAAAAAGUAAGUAUUUUAGCGAAAAAAAUAUUCUUAGCAAAAAUAUAGCCCAUAAAAAAUUGAAAAAAAUGGUGUAUACGUGAGGUCUGUAGACAUAGUAGAAGCAGAGUUGCAGCUAAUUAAAAGUAGGUUCUUCUUCGUCAAAUUCCAAAUCGAAUAUUUCAAUGUAGAAUAACCCAAAAACGGAGCACUUUUAGGGGAAAAUUCAUUUUAACUUUUUGAAAAUGUUUAAAAAAUUUUUAUUUUUGUUUUUUAAAAAAACCUGUAAUAUUAAAAGUAAGUGAAUUACGCUCAAAAUAUUGUUGGUACCUUCUAUUUUUUGGUAAAAAAUCGCGAAAAUCACCCCCUAAUUAGCAUCACGUAUAAAUUUUAACAUUACCACUUCACAAGUUACUUUGUCUAUGUAUUAUUUAUAUGAUCUGUAAGUUUCAUCGGUUCAAAGCGCUUCGUUUUGAAAAAGCUGUAGUUAAAAUGGCUUGAACGAGUAACUAAUCACGAGUUUUGUCUAACAAGAAGACAAAAAAUCAAAAAUAUUCAGAAAAGCAAAACGUACAUUUUAUGACUCUUUGAGAUUUUUGGUAUUCCUAGUUGUUUUUAAGUUAAUUCCAUAAACAAUUACGAUUUUUUUCAAAAUAAAAAAAAUGUUUUAUUUUAAACCCAAUUUUUUUCACUGCGCACUUUUAACCAAUGAAACUUAUAGAUAAUAUAAAUAAUACAUAAGUAAAGUAACUUGUAAAGCGGUAACGAUUAAUUUUAUUUAAGAAGCUAAUUAAGGGGUGAUUUUCGCCAUUUUUUUACCAAAAAAUAAAAGGGACCAACAAUAUUUUGAGCGUAACUCACUUACUUUUAAUGUUAGAAAUUUUUUUUUAAAACAAAAAUAAACCUUUUCUUAAACACUUUAAAAAAGUUGUAAUUAAUUUUCCCUGAAAAGUGCUCCGUUUUUUUGGUUAUUUCGCAUUGAAAUAUUCGAUUUGGAAUUUUACGAAGAACCUACAUUUCAUUAGCUGCAACUCUGCUUCUACUGUGUCUGCAGACCUCACGCAUACACCAAUUUUUUUCAAUUUUUUUUAAGCUAUAUUUUUACUAAGAAUAUUUUUUUCGCUAAAAUACUUACUUUUGGAGUUAUCUCAGAAAAGCCGUCCAAAAACAUUUUUUUUUUUUGGUUAGAAAUGAACACAUUCAUUCGCAAAUAACUUGAAAAUUAUCGACUUAGUAAAAAAACUCUAUAGAAGAAAAGUUACUUAGAAUUAGUCAUUUUAUCCAAUUCCGGACUUAUUUUGAACGUAUAUUUUAACACCCCCGAGAAAAUAUUUUUCACUCCGUAUUUUCCAAUUUUUUUAAAAUGGAGGGGAUGUAGAAUUGUAAACUUUUUCUUAUAUGAUAAUAGACAAUUUCAACUACCUAUUCCCAAAUUUUCAUCCUUCCUUUAUUUUUUGGGAGGUUUUCGUAAAAUUUUGCGUUCCCUGAUCGGGCUAUAGUCUUAAACUGACUUUAUAAAUUCUUCUUUAUAGAUUCUUCAUCUCAGUUGUCCAUGUUCUUUUUUAUUCAUAGUUAUUCCAUGGUUCCAUUAUUUCUUUCCACCAGUGGUAUGAGAUAAAUUAACUAUUUUUGACUAUUUACAAGAACGGAGAUUGCAAAACGUAGAUUGUUUAUUUUUUGGCCAUUUAUUGAGAUACCCUUUUCCCAUUAUGCGUCAAUAUAUGCGCCCCAUUGGUGUUAAAUAAUUGUGGAGGCAGUAUACAUCUUUGUCUGACACCUUGUUCUGGAUGGAAUUCAUUUGACAGUGUGUCAAGAACUUUAUUUAUUCCAGUAUUGUGUUCGUAUAGUUCAGUUAUAAGUGAAAUUAAGUGUUAUGGUACGCCUCUACCUCUUUUAGUAUCUGCCACAAGUGUUGCCAUUUCACACUGUCAAACGCUUUGCGAUAGUCUAUAAAACAAAUGUAUAGUGAGAUAUUGAAUUCCCUACAUUUUUCUAUUAUUUGCUCUUGGGGUUAUAUAUUACAAUUUGGCCUUGGGGUUCUUUUUGUAUGAAAAAUUUCUGUCUCUCAUCGAUGAUCUGAAAUUUAGCUGGAUUUUAACUUUAUUAUUUAACUGGCAUGUGAGAUAAGGGAGAUGGUUCUAUAGUUGUCGCAUUUAUGGAAGCUGCCUUUUUUACAAUUUGUAUUGUCGUUAUUGUUGAUUUUGUCCAGUCGUCAGGCCAUUACUUGGAAUGUCAUAUUUUUUUACAGAGCAUGUGAAGCAAUUUUAUUCCGAUUUCUUCUGUGUCUUUGAGCAUCUCUGCUGAUAUAAUAUCUGGAUCUCAUUAAAUAUUACAAAAACUGAAAGCUCAUAAAUAAACAACAAUCAAUAAAUGCCUUAUACAGUACAUAAAUCGUUCGGCUGGACAUAGGGAUUAUACAUUGAGAGAAUUGUGGCAACUGCCGUAACCUGUGUUAGUUGAAGCUUCUGUUCGAGUACGAGUUUUUGGUGCAAUAGAGCUGUUAGAACGAAUAGAAUGAGUGAAUUUUGAAGCAAGGCUGUCCAUAAAUAAAUCGAAAACAAAGUUUCUUAUUAAUGAGUUAAUAACUUUACUUUAAUUUUUGAAAUAUUUAUUUUUAAAAACUAAUUUCAAAACUAAACAGUUUUCCCAUUCCCUAGACCAAAAAUAUUUAGCUACUACAUUGUAAUAUUUGGACGUUUAUUUAUGUCAGAGUUGUAAAUUUUGAGGUUAAUGCCCCUUAAUGCUAACAACCAUAUUGUCAUCGAGAGAGCUCAGUUGCCACAAUUAUCUCAAUAUAAUACAAUGUAUGUAUUUAUGAAUCUAAAUAUGUACAAUGUAUGUUCCCUAUGUCCAGCUGAACGAUUUACGUACUGUACAUAUGACAUCGGUAACAAAAUCUUAAAAAGUACAAUUAUUGUAUUAACCAGGAUACACAUUUAGAGUAACGAGGAUGUGAUAGUUGUAUUUAAGAAAUUACCGUUAAGUUUUAAAGACUUCUUGUCUUCUUUUUUUAAAGUUCACCUCUACAUACAUUUAUUAACUUACAAAAAAUCAGAUACUUUUAGGAAAGACCUGCGAUAUGUGUUAAGUUUAAAUAUUUUACGAUUAGAUUAGGUUAAGUUCUGUGUUACUUAAAUUCAUCGAGUGCAAUAAGUAUUGUAUGUAAAAUGUAAACAGUAUUUUAUAUUAUAAUUGUAAAAUAUCAAAUUUGAGUGCCUUUACCAUUUUAUUGCGCACAUAAAAUAGCACAAUUUUUGGAAACAAUAUUUUUGUGUUGUAUUAGUUUUUUAUUAUAGAUUUUAAUAAACAACUGUUAAAUAUCUA